AUGAAGCACAUUAUCAAUCCAUAUGAAAACAUCAAUGAUACAGCUAGAAAUUAUUCAGACUGUCCUCGUGUGGUGUUGCCAGAAGAGAUAUUUUUCACAAUUUCCACUGUUGGGGUUUUGGAGAAUUUGAUGGUCCUUCUGGCUGUGAUAAAGAACAAGAAUCUCCAGUCACCAAUGUACUUUUUCAUUUGCAGCUUGGCCAUUUCUGAUAUGUUAGGCAGCCUGUAUAAGAUCUUGGAAAAUAUUCUGAUCAUGCUUAGAAACAUGGGCUAUCUCAAGCCUCGUGGCAAUUUUGAAACCACAGCAGAUGACAUCAUCGACUCCAUGUUCAUCCUCUCCCUACUUGGCUCCAUUUUCAGCCUGUUGGUGAUUGCUGCUGACCGCUACAUCACCAUCUUCCAUGCCCUGAAGUACCACAGCAUCAUGACCGUGCGCCGUGCCCUCAUCACUCUGACGGUCAUCUGGACAUUCUGCACAGGGAGUGGCAUCACCAUGGUCAUCUUCUCCCAUCACAUCCCCACUGUGAUUGCCUUCACAGUGCUGUUCCCUCUGAUGUUGGUCUUUAUCCUGUGCCUCUAUGUGCACAUGCUCUUGCUGGCCCGUUCCCAUGCCAGAGAGAUCUCAACUCUUCCCAGAAUCAACGUGAAAGGGGCCAUCACACUGACCAUCCUGCUCGGGGUCUUCAUCUUCUGCUGGGCCCCCUUUGUCCUCCACAUCCUCUUGAUGACAUUCUGCCCCAGUAACCCUUACUGUGCUUGCUACAUGUCCCUUUUCCAGGUGAAUGGCAUGUUGAUCAUGUGCAAUGCAGUCAUCGAUCCCUUCAUAUAUGCCUUCCGGAGCUCAGAGCUCAGGGAUGCUUUCAAGAAAAUGAUCUUCUGCAACAGAUGAGUCCAGUUACUGUAAAAUUUCUUCCUAUCAUCAACCACAG